AUGGAUAAGUCUGAUACAUCAGAUAAAUAGGACAAGAUUAAUAAUAUUAAUUAGAAUUCUCCAAGAUUUCUUGAAGCAUUAAGAUAACAAAAUUGGAAGUUAAUUGAUGUAUAAAAUAUUUCAAUUGAAUAAUUGAAACUAGAACCCAAAUAUUCACAAUAUGAUAAUAACAUCUUAUAACACAUAUGCAUGUAAUUACAGUAAUAGAGAGAUAUUAAAUCCAAGAUUGUUUUGACAAUUAGAUAGAAGAUCAUAGAAGAAGAGAUUAAUAAAAGUGAAUUAAGAAGAAUAUAAAAACAAUAAUCAGAGAUUAUUACUGUAGAAAUGCAAGAUCAAAUGAAAAAGAAAUAAUUAAACCAUAUUAAUUUGUAAAUGGAGUAUGACGUUUAAUUAACUUAGCUGAAUAAAAUGUUAAGUGAAAAAGAAUCUUCUUUUAAGGAACAAGAAUUUAAAUUAUAAAAUUAAACAAUAGAGUAAUAAAGAAAGAAUCAACUUUUAAAAGAGCAAAGAGAAUUUCAUAUUGAAUAUUAGGAGUUUUUAAGAUAAUAAAAAGCAAAAGAAGAAGAAUAUCAAAAUAAGGUUAAAAGUGGAUAAUUCAUGACAGAGGCAUUGUAUAAGAAAAAGCUUAAGGACUUCGAUAGGUUGAAGUUUUAGAAAGAAUAGCAAAAAUAAUAGAUUAAGGAGGAAAGAGAAAAAUAACAACAAGAUAGAAUGCAAAUGAUGGAAAAAGUUUAUGAAGAAAAAAUUAAAAAAAUGGUUGCAAAGGAAAUUAUUCAUUAAAAGUUAAUUGCUAAAGAAAGAACACUUUAUAACUAAUAACUUUUAGAAAAAUAAGAGAAACUUUAAUAAAGAAUCAAUGAAAAUAAGAAGAGAUUAUCCAAACAAAAUUUGGAUGAAUAAAAAAUGAAUGAACGAAAAUAAAUAGAAGCCAAAUCAAGAUUGGAGGCUAUGAAACAAGAAAUUGAAUUUUUAAACAAAUAAAAGAAAAAAAAGUUUGAAAAAAAGUAAAAAUAAAAAGAGAUAUAUAAAAAAGUAAAUGAGAGAAUUUAAGAAGAGAAAAGAUAAUAGCUACUUGACAAAUUUAAAGAAAUUGAAGAAAAAUUGGAGAUCAACUAAUUUUAUAAAGAUAUGGACUUCCAAGAUUUAGAAAAAUUUAGAGAAUUUACAGAAAUUACUAGAAUGAAAGUACUAAGAUUGACUGAUGAUAAACUAAUUGAAAAAACUAUUUAUAUACAGUAAAGAAUAAAGGCUUAAGAAGAAAAGGUUAAAUAAGUGUUGCAUUAAUAAGAAAUUGAAGAAAAAGAUAAAAAAUUUGAAAAUAUUAUUAGAAAAAUAGAUUAAGAAGAAAAUUUUAUGAUAUAAUAAAGAAAGAGAGAAGUAGAAAAAGAAUUUAUUAUGAACAAAAUUCAAUAGAAAAAAAAGAAAAACGAAUUACUGAUUAAAUAAAAAUAAGAAUUAGAAUAAAAUGGCAAUAAAAAUAGGAAAAUGAACCUAAUGAAAAAGGAAGAAAUGAAGAUUAAAUUUAAAGAAGAGAUGAAUAAAGAGUUAAAAUAAAUAUAAGAAAACUAAUUGAAAUAAUAAAAUGUAAAUCAAGUCCUUCUGUUGAAUAUCAAAACAAAGGAAGAAUUUGUUAUGGAAGAAAAAAUUAAAUUAAAUCGUGAAAUGAAUAAACUAUUGGAUGAAGAGCAUGAGAAAGUAUAAAAAAGAAUGGAAAUGAUACAAAAUGCCAAAGGAAUCGAGGUAGACAAGUUGUAGGAAUAGUUUAGAAUUGAGAAAGAAUAAUUUGAUCUAUUGAUUGAAAACAAAAAAACACUCUAUCGGGAAUUAUCACGCGAGAAAUUAUAAUUGAAUUCAUAUUGA